AUGCUGGGCCCCGACGACCCUCCUGCUUGGCGAGCGGCUGUCUUUCUGCUGAAGGCUCGGGCCGGCGGCUUUAUGAUUGCUGCUCCACACUUGGAAGAUAUCAUCAGCUUCUUCGCCGCUAUUUCGGAAGAAGCCGAAAACCAGGUCGAUGGUCCACUGCCGGUUGUUUGGAAGGUUGUCUCAGUGGCUUGCGAGACAAGCCGUCGGCGGCGGGUUGGCGAGGUGCCCAUGGUGCUGGCAGACCAUCUUGUCUACUUCAGGCGAGGCACGGCGUCGCGACCACCUGCUGGAGCCGCCCUGCUGGCUUUGACUCACGAGGACACAGCUGUCCGCCCCAUGCCAGGGCCGGCCAGGGAGGCUGCCGACGAAUGGGUGACGGAGCAAUUGAGCGACGAUGCCGAGCCUCCCGAAGAGGAAGACACUGUGGAGUCUCUCCGUGCACGCGUCCGGCAGAUGGAGUCCGCGCAAGGUGCGAUGAGGGCUGGAGCGACUUUGUCGGCGGAGGACUGGCAGAAGCUGCAAGCCGUGGCAGGCUCACCGCCGACACGUCUUGCGGGGCACGAGCGAGCUCCUCGGGCAACAGCAGCGGACAACGCCCUGGCCGAAGAGGAGCUGGAAGUCAGCGAGAUGGCGCCUGCCACUUCGACAGAUGGGGAUCCCAUCACGGCAGCUUUGUCUUCUGGAAGCGGCGGGGACAACGUGCCAGGCAGUUCUUACGGGACCAAAGGCGUUGCGGCAAGGGAUUUUCUGAAGGUCUUCGAUCAUCCUGCGGAGUUUGCCGAAGGGGUGGCGCGGAGAGCUCAGCAAGAGCUUGGGCUCAGCACCCAAGAUCCUGGACUGAUGCGCAUGUACGCCGAACGCAAGAUACCAAUGAAGGAGCUGAAGACGGUGCAAAUCUUCACCCAUUUUCUGGCUCACCAGUGGGGGGACUGCAGGCGUCAAGGCGAUCAGCUGGGCGAAGCUUGGGCUGCUCGGGGUCUGGUGAUGGCAGAGCAACUGGCCAUAGAUCAAGGGAGAACUCAGUUGGGCUUCCUUUUGAGCGGGCUCCCCGACAUCGAUGUGUCGCACUUGCCUGCCCGGAGAACCGACAUUCGACCUUACGGUCGGUUGAGCGCUGCAAACUGGAUGGCUGCUCAAGUGGCAUUCCUCAAGGACGUGGACUACUUGGAGAGCCGGAUGAAGCAGAGCCGCCCUUCAGGUCACCAGGACGCGCCGCCCGACAAAAGCAACGACCCGGAGGACAAGCAACCCAACAAGCCCAGAAGGCCACCCAGACGGGCCAAGGCCAUAGCAGACAAGCCGGGAGACAAGUCGGAGAAGUGA